AUGUCCUCCUCCGCCCGCUCCACAUCCCAGGACGACAUCAGAGCCCACAUCAACUCCUCCCUCUUCGCCCGACGCGGCCCAGACGGCACUCCAGAUGAGACCCUCAUCGGCUUCCUCAAGAUAUACGAGAUAGAAGCAGACGGCGGCUCCAAGACGAGGUACCUCAUACUGGCAGUCAGCAAGUCGGGCAGAGUCGUCAUCCACAAGGCAAAGCGUAACAGCAAUCUGUCCUUCUCCAAGGGCAAGACAUGGAACAUGGAAGAUAUCAGGGUGCUGGAGGUCAUCUCGCCUUCUGAGUUUGCUCUUACAAUGACCUCGCGGCGGUAUCGCUGGUCUACAGAACGCCCGAAAGAUCAGACCAACUUUCUGUCUACUAUCGCCAGGGUGUACAGAUCAUAUACCAACGGCCGUCUCCCCGAACUCAUCAACUUCUCUCCACCCCCACAGCAAGGCCCGCCCCAAUCACAAGCCCAGCAGCUCUCGCCAGCAGUAGCAAGCCCUUCGUCAGAACCUCCCCCCUCGGCAUUCCCUGUCCCACGCAUGGGCCCUGGCGACCUUGCACCUCCGCAGUUCUUGGCUCGUACCGAGAGAUCUGGAUCAUUCUCGUCUCUAAACUCGGCCAAUACGCAAAACAGCAACUACCCUCCGACAGCUGGCCGACCGUCAAUCGAUGAUGAACGAUCUCCACCUAGCUCGGCUGGUGCUGGCGCACUCAAUAGAAUGCCUGAUCUUGUCAGGCGGCCGUCCGGGGACAGCAUCCCUUCUCCAAGGGUCACUCCCGGACAACCUCUGGGUAUGGGUCCGCCCCCAGCGCAAAGAAAGAUGUCAGACGACCGAGCAGACAAGCUCGGGCCUAGUAACCUCCGGAACGUCUCUGCUGUUUCCGAAUAUGAACAAGGAGGAAACGAGGGGGUCAGGAUGCGAAAGACGGAAAGCGAUCUGGGCGUCGUACCAGAGGCGGAGGGCUACCAGAUCCCACCGGCAUCGACACGGCGCGAAAAGAAGCCACCAGCUCCUGCACCGCCAGCUAUCAGAGAGCCGUCUCCCCCUCCCGAGGCUGCUCCUGCGCCCAAACAGAAAGCACUGGCUCCCCCGAAAAUCAUGACCACCGAUCUCUCGGCACCCUCCCAAUCUUCAUCAGCCUUGUCGCCUUCUUCGGCCACUUCAGCCACCCGCAGUCGACGCGCAUCUUUCAACCCGCCCCCUCUAGACACCACCAUCUCUCGAGACGUACUUCUCCAAGGACGUACUGGGUUACUACCAGGAGCCGCGAGCAUGACAAUCGAUGAUACCGAAGGCGGAGACGAUGCCGUGCUCAAGAAUGUCGAGGAGAUGCUGGAAGGGUUCGACUGGGGAUUCGGAGCUGGAGCAAUGGGUGGUUCAUUAGAGAGGAGAAAAAAGGGGGCGGACGCUAUAGAGGGGAGGCUGCUGGACGAGCUCUUGGCUUUGGAGUCGGCCAAUAUCCAUGCGUUCUUGGAGUCUGAUGAUCGGACAGCACAGGUGCUCGGGCAUAUCGACGAAGCGCUCAUGGACCUUGAGGAUAUUGACAUACAAAUAACGGGAUAUAGGAUGCAGCUCAACGCCGUAUCUGAAGAUAUCUCCUACAUCGAGUCCCAAGGCAAGGGUAUUCAGGUACAAACAUCCAACCAACAGGCUCUGCUCAACGAGUUGCGUCAACUUCUACAAAUCGUCGAAGUUCCUCCCUCGGAUCUACAGAUUCUUGCUCAAGAGUCGCCUUCGACAGAUCGAGGUGUCAAAUCCCUAGAGAGCGCUGCGGCGUCCUUGUACAAGGCUCUUCAGGCCGGUAUGGACUCUGCAAACGCCGAAGUCGCAGCCACCAUCGCUCGAAUGCAAGAAUAUCGCACCCAAUCUAACGCAUUCAGCAAACGCAUAUCCGACUAUCUCGACGUCACUUUCCGAUAUCAGUCUGACUCUACUCUCGCCGAGUUCCGUAAACAGUCCACCAAGGGUGCUUUGGCGCCACAUCAGACCAUGGGAGAGUAUUUGAUGGGGUAUACGGGCCUGGUGCUGUAUGUCAAAGAGAUGGAUGAAGCGAGGUACCAGAAACUGUGCUCGAAUUACAUGUCGACGAUCAGUCAGCUGCAUCAGGCAGAGAUGAAAGAUCUCUUGAUGGGCUUUAUGACGACUUUGAAUGCGACUGCUGGAGACGCCGGUUCCGAUGCUGCUUUCUCCGCGACGGGCUAUUCCACAACUAGACCCUCAGCCCUGCAAAAGUCCAAGACUGUCAUCGGCCGUGGUCUCCAUGGAGAUAGAUCAGCAGCCAAGCAAGAGCGCCGCGGUGACUCGUCUGGAACCAAACGUGCCUCCCAGCUCUACAACCAAGCCCUCACCGAGAUCAUCAAUCAAGUUGUCAUUGAAGAAGACUUUAUCAACGCCUUCCUCCACCUCACCGAUACCGACUCGACGUUUGCCGAUUAUAUGGAGCUCGACUCUUAUUUCCGACGUCAGGCCGCUCGUCACGCGAGUAAGGGAAUGAGCCAGGGCAUGAUGCAGCUUGUGAGGUCGAUGAUGGAUUUAAUCUUUGGGUUUGUGGAGUUGGAGUUGAAGCAGUGGGUGGAGGCGGCAGUGGAGAGGGGGCCCGUGGCGGUGGUCGGAAUCAUCGGAGUGACAGAGAGGAUCGCGCGAGAAGCUGCGGAUGAGAAUACUUCAAUGUUCUUUACUUCGUUGUUUGAAAAACAACUGGUGAAGCAGAGGAUGAUCCUCGACGCGUUCACGAAUGAUCAAAUCAGGGCUAUUGUAGCUUCCAAGCAGACCCUCACUGUCAAAAAGCGAAAGGGCGUCACCUUCUUCAUCAAGCACUUCCCUGUCUUUGUCGAGCGCGUCGAGUCGCAAAUGGAAGGGUUCGACGACUUGCCCAUACGAGAGCGUGUCAACAACAUGUACGACAGCAUUGUCGAGACCAUCUUCAAUGCUCUUCAACAGUUGGCCAAGAUGGACCGCGCGGAUGGGCAGGCAACCGAAGAUAAGGGACAGCUGAACUACCAUGUCAUCAUGAUCGAAAACAUGUAUCAUUUCGUGGAGGACGUCUCGCAGCUAUAUUGCCCCCCCUUGGUCGUGUCUUUACAGCGCGCUCAAAAUCUCUAUCAAGAGAACUUGACAACCUACAUCAGAAUGUUGAUGCGAAGGUCAUUUGCUCGAUUCAUGGACUUUUUCGACGGCGUAGAGCGACUCUUGAAAAGCACGCCUGCCAACGAAGUCUCGCUACAUCAGUCAUACAACCGCUCAGCCCUCAAAAAGGUCCUCAAAGAGCACGGGGCAAAAGAUAUGCGCAAAGCCGUCGAGACCAUGUCUCGCCGGGUGGACAAGCACUUUUCAGAUGAGGACGACCCUGUUGCUUCGUCAGCUGCCAAUGCGGUGCUCAUCGGUGCCGUCUGGAAGGAGGUCACCAAAGAGCUGGCGAAGGAUGUGCUCAAGGCGCAGGGUAUAGUGGCAAGGAGUUAUGCCGAGUCGGGUUUGGGUUUGGAGUUCAGCAGUGCCGAUGUGGAAGCUACUUGCAAGAAGAUGAAGGGGUAG